UGGUCUCACUUGAAAACAGGAUGUAUGUAGCAGAUUCGCUAUAGAUCUUGAAGACCAUGCCUGCAGAAACACGCAACCAGAUUGACUUGUUUUAAUUUCCUUAUUGCCCUCUCCUUCAUAGUCACCACAGUAUAUAUUUGCGUCCAACAAUAGCCCAUUUCCCAUGAACAAUGGAGCUCCUUGAGCUUUUUAUCACCCUUUUCAUUCUCCAAGCUCUCUGCAUCUCCCCGAGAUCAAUGCAAGCAGCUGCCCAGAACUCUAAACUCUUUCGAGAAUACAUUGGAGCACAAUUUAACAAUGUCAAAUUUAGCGAUGUCCCCAUCAACCCAGAUGUUGAAUUCCACUUCAUUCUCGCCUUUGCAAUAGACUACUCCAGCCCUAGUACUUCUUCAAACUUUCCCACCAAUGGAAAAUUCAAUAUCUUCUGGGACGAACAGUAUCUCACCCCCGCUCACGUUUCUUCCAUCAAGAGUCGUCAUUCAAACGUCAAAGUAGGUCUCAGCCUAGGAGGGGCUACUGUGGGAGGCAAGCUUGUUUACUUCAAGCCUUCCUCAGUGGAUUCCUGGGUUUCUAAUGCUGUUACUUCUCUCACCAAAAUCAUCAAACAGUUCCAUUUGGAUGGAAUUGAUGUUGAUUAUGAGCAAUUCAGCGCUGAUCCCGAUUCCUUUACCCAUUGCAUUGGACGCCUUAUAACAACCCUCAAGAACAAUGGCGUUAUCUCAUAUGCGUCUAUAGCUCCCUACGACGAUGAUCAGGCUCAGAGCCAUUACAAGGCUCUCUGGAGGAGCUAUGGGCAUCACAUAGAUUAUGUGAACUUCCAGUUCUACUCAUACGAUACGUCCACCACUGUCACUCAAUUUCUGAAGUAUUUUGAGGAGCAGAGCUCUAAUUAUGAAGGAGGUAAGGUGCUGGUGAGCUUCCUCAGCCAUGAGAGUGGUGGGUUAGCUCCAAAUAAGGGCUUCUUUACUGCCUGUGAGAGGCUCAAGAGCCAGCACAAGCUCCAUGGCAUCUUUGUUUGGUGUGCAGAUGACUCCCUGGCAAACGGGUUCCCCUAUGAGAAGAAAGCGCAGUUGCUUUUAGCAUCUGCAAGCUAAAAUCAUAAUCUAUUUGGAAUUGCCAUUAGGCUUGAACAAUUAUCUACUGUAACCGUAUUUCAGAUUGUGUUCCACAUGUUUGUCAGAAUGCUUCAAUAAAGUUGCUCCCCGCGUUUUUGUGUU